AUGGGUCGCAAACCCAACAAACUUAUCCUCGAGUUCUUCAUUCGAGGACAGAAACUAGAGGAUGCAAGUAACCGCUACCAGCACACCUGCAAAGCCUGUGGUGAAAAAUUCCCCAAGGGCCGCAUCGACAGCCUUACCAAUCACCUGGUGAAGAAGUGCCAGGCCAUCCCCCUUCGUGACCGCCAGCGCGUGCUUUUGCGCCUUCAUGAGCUUCCUGACUUGGCCGAGGGUGACGCGAAUAAAGACCCGAGUGCCGCGGGUGCAAACAAAGGCAAAUCAGGUGACGCGUCUUUCCCGAAUCGCCAGAACUUCGACGGCCUCAACGUGCUGGCUGAAGCCUCGAGACAAGUCGGCGCGUCGGAGCCGCCCAAGCGCGGCUCGGGAUAUACCCAGUCGGUGACAGUUGGGGGCAAGACUGUGGUGGUCGACCCGGCGCUUGAGGCGGAGGGCUUCCAGGGUCAGCAGUCGGAUGUCAAGCAAGAGGGAGGCGACAAUACACAAGAAUCCCCCCACCCGUCGCACUCACCUAUCCCUGAUCUUCCAAGCCACACGACUGGUGACCACGGGGGAUCCAUGUCGCCACAUCUUGGAGACACUUCGAUGACACCCGAGUCGAGUGCCAACGCCCGUCAAUCACAGUUGUCGAUGAUUGCGGCAUCGGCCAAUGAAAUGGUUCCUCACGGGCUAGAAGGAGAUAGCAUGGGCUCUGAUGGGCUGAAGAUGGGCUCGUGGAACCAGUCGCUCUCGACGCACGAGCAGCUUCUUUUCGACAGUCUGCAAGAACAUGACCCGUCCCUGACUGCGGUGACGCAGCGCGCCGCUUCCUAUCCGCGCCCCAUUGCGAUGAACCCAAACACCCAGGCCAAGGGAUUUGUCAACGAAUUUGGUAAUUCGACGAAGCCCGCCAAGCCGAAGGUUCGAGGACGUUUCUCUGCUGCUCGACGUCGCGAGGUGCAGGAAGUGCGCAAGCGUGGAGCGUGCAUUCGCUGCCGAAUGCUGAAGAAGCCUUGCUCCGGCGACAGCCCCUGUACCACUUGCGCCAGCGUAGAAAGCGCACGUCUCUGGAAGAGCCCGUGCAUCCGUACCAGGAUCGCCGAUGAGUUUGAGCUCUACAAUGCCAACCUUCAUGCAACUCUCGCCUACCACGACACCAGCGGCAUCAAGAACCAGGUCAAAUUCGAGCACUAUGCCGGCCGCAUUGAGGUCACGCACUUUGAAGAGAGCGGCGUCUUCGUCACCUUCAGUGGGCUGCAAGGCCACCAUGCCUCGGUAUCCGCGCUCGAUCCCCAAUUGCAGGGUCUAGGCGAUGACCACUUUUCCAAUCCGACCCAGGAGGUUUACCUUUUGGAUAGCGACGCUGACGACAUUCCGGGCAAAUUAGAGUUGUACAUCAAGAAAACGGCGCCGUUUUUCUACGAGCGCGAGACUUCGCAUUUCAUGAAGCCGACGCUGAUCCUGGCUUCCGAGCUCAGCCAACAAAAAAAGGACAUUCUGCUGGAGCGCGUGCUGGAGCUGUGGGUUGCUACCCAUAUCCUUGUUGAUACGGAACUCGGCUGGAAGACAUACUGUAACCCCACCCUGCCGCCGACGUCGAUGCAUUCUCUUUCCCAGCCCUCGGAUGAUGGCCGUCUUCCAAUCGAGGAAGUGGGUGACCCGGAGUCGUAUGCCCUUCUCUGCAGCCAGUUGCGAGCCGCCAUGGAGAAGCGGGCGAUGCAACUGAGCAAGUCGGUGAUGAAUGAUCUGGAGCGCCGAUUGCUUCAGCGCCAACAGACGGGCUGGUUUGAGACUUUCCUCGUGGCGAUGAUUCUUCUGAACUGCGUUGAGCGUACCUGCUGGCUCUUCCGCUCAUGGGACAAUGAGAAUUUUGCGCAGCGAUGGCCCCUGGACAAGCGUCCCCCUUACUACUCCAACCAAGGCGAUCGUUUCUCUGACAUCCUGCACAUGCUCUUGAAGAUGCGCAGCCUCCCUCCCAAAACUACCAUCCGUCCGGAUAACGGCAUCUUGAAAGCAGUCGAGGGCAGUGACGACAAUGCGACACGCUGGUUUGAGAUGAUCCAGGUUUCCCCCUUCUUCCUCGAAGAACGACAGAAUGCUGUUUUCGACCCCUCCGAUUCUCGCUCCCUCGACCUUCGCUUCGGCGCCAAGUUGCUCCAGCCGGCGACCUCAUAG